CACUCAUACGACGAAUAACGCUUGUUAUAAUUUAACGAAAGAGAUGGAAGAUGAACAGGAAUGCAACAUUGGCAUUGUAAAUGACGAAAACGUAAUCGAAAUUUUAAGUAAUAAAUCAUAUCGUGAAAAGCCUUUAAAAACUGUAACUUUGUGCGAUAAAACGACAAGUGCAUUGAUAGAUUCCGGUUGUGACGUGUGCUUAAUAUCUAAUGAUUUUUUCAACGAACUGAGUGCUCCCAUAAAUCAAAAUACGAACAUUACUUUAACUGGUAUAGGUUAUGCUAAAGUUUAUUCUUGUGGUGCGACUACCUUGGAUAUAGUAAUAGAUAAUCAUAAAUAUAAAAAUGUUAAUUUUUACAUUGUUCCUAAAGAUUCAAUUCCUUGGAAAGUCAUUCUAGAUGAACGUGUAAAAAAUGAAGUGCAAAAUUUAGUAACCAAUUACCAACCUCAACAAAUCAAAGAAGCGCCUAUCCAAAUGAAAAUUAUAUUAAAAGAUGACAUCCCCAUAAGGUCAAGUCCACGUCGUAUAUCACAAACAGAGCAAGGUGAGGUAGAAAAGCAGAUAAAAGAAUGGUUAGACAGAGGAAUUAUUCAACAAAAGAUGAAAUAGAAGCUUUAAUAAGAUUAAAAGAAGUUUUAAAAGUAGCGUCACAAUAUGGAUUAAUAAUAAACUGGAAGAAAGCCAAUUUGAUAACAAAAAGUAUUACAUUCUUAGGACAUGAGA